CUAAGCUGGGAAAUGCAGGCGGCAAGUGGGCAAUCUGAGAUGUGGUGAACUGGGAAAUCAGGACCACCCCACUUUGGAGAAAAUUAAAGGAAUUGCCAGAGCCACCAAGGGGUAGCAAGUAGACGUGUCGUCCUGUCAUGAACACACCUCGGAGACGGCAGCCCACCAGCAGCCUGCAGAUGGCAGAAGCGGAGUUGCACAAGGAAAGGCUGCAAGCCCUCACAGAAAAACGGAAAAGGCAAACAGAGAUAGAGGAGAAGAGGAGACAGCUGGAAGAUCUCAUUUUGCAGCUACAGCAUCUAAAGUCCAAAGCGAUGAGAGAGAGAUGGCUUCUGCAGGGAACGCCAGCCGUCACAACAGAGGAGGAGGAAUUUAGGAGAAAACAGGUGGAAGAGGAUGAGCUGAGGGUGAAGAAAUUAGAGGACAGCAUUCACAUACUGGAAAGUGAAAUUGAGCACCUUGAGAGAGAAGAAUCCCAGAUUUCUGCCAAAGAGCAAAUUCUCAGAGAAAAAUUAAGAGAGACAGAGAAAUCCAUCGAGGAUUUACAAAAGAGUAUCUUGAGGACAGAUGGUGAUGCAGUGAAUUACGUUUAUUCCCAAAUUCCUGACAUCUCUGAAGUUUACUGCCAAAGGCCCAUGGAGACAUCAGCAGACGAACGAUUGCAGAGAAAGCCUCAAUGGUAUGCCAUGGAAAUCAAUGUGGAGAAAGACAGACAGACAGGAGAGACUAAGAUCCUUUCCACUUCGGCUGUAAAUCCAGAAGGCAUCCAUCACAGAGGUGUCAAGUUUACGAUGAUGGCACCCAAAGUGGUGUACGAAGUUAAAUCUGCAGGAACGACGACACUGGAAAAUGGUGUUCACCCCUGGAGCUCUUCUGAUGUAGAUGAACUCAUGCAACGAGUGGGCAAGACACAGAUAAGAGGCGGUUCAGAGAGAGUUACCGUCUCUCCUCGAGGUCAAGCGAAUACUAGCAGCGGCAAUCCAGGCGUACAGGUGGAGCAGAUGGUUCACAAAGAAGCCAAGCUGGAGAUGAUACGUAAUCAAGGCAAGGGCAUCUCUGAGAAUCCCAGCUGUGGGUUUCGACGAGGUGACCUGAAGUACCCGAAGCCACAUCCGAGAAGCCUGGUCACCAUGAUCUUCCUGGGCUACCAUGUGGAGGAUGAAGAAGAAACCAAAAAAUUGCUAGGCUACGAUGGCACCAUCAAAGCGGAGAUUGUCCUGAUCGAUGAAGAUGAUGAAAAGUCACUGAGGGAGAAAACUGUCACAGAUAUCACUAUGGACGGCAAUGCAGCUGACCUAGUCUCCGGUCGGCCUUUGUCAGACACUACUGAACCUUCCUCUGAAGGAAAUGAAGUUCAGCAAAGGAGCUCCCCAACAGCAGGUAUUCAAAAGAAAAAACGUUGUCGGUGCUGCACUGUCAUGUGACCACUUCUACUUUCUUCCUAGGAGCACAUUCUUCAGCCUCCUCUGCUUUAACCUCACCUUGUACUAACAGCACCUCUACUACCGUGACCUGGAAAGUGCGUUUCCUGGUCUCUUAGACUUCUGAAAUGCUCCUUCCCCUUCCCUUUCCUUUCCUUUCCUUUCCCUAUUCCCCUCAUCUGUCCCAUCCUCAAUCCUGUGAAAUAUUAAACGAUGGGUAGAGAAGGAAAUUGUACACCUUCAAGGGUACCAUGAGAGGUAUUUUUUUUUACUUUACUGAAAUAAUCAAUUAGAGAAAAAAGUCACACAAAACCGUUAACCAGACUAUCAAUUAAAAAAAAAAAUAAAGAUUUGAUAUAAUAUGGACAUGUAGAAGCAACAAUGAUUGCUAAUGAGAAAACAAAUUUAUAUUGUCUCCUAACACCCUGAGAUUUUCACAUAUGUGUAAAUGUACCUACCAAAAUGGCACUGCACAACCAGAACAGGCCGGGCAUAACAACAGAAUUUAGUUUAAAAAAAAAAAAAAAAAAAACAUUUCAGGUGAUCCAGAAUCCCAAUGUACGACCCAACACUCUCAAACAGUGUUAAUCUACAUCUGCUUUUAUAGCUUCCUUAACUUAAAUAAUUGUGAAUCAAACAAAACUCUAGAGUAACUCUGUGUGCAUAGAUCAAUGUGCAUUUCACACUUUGUUUAGUUUGCUUCCAUUUUUGAUACAUGACUCAAUUUUUUAUACACAUCUUACUGGUAGCCUUACAAUAUAUAUAUAUAUAUAUAUAAAGUGACACAUUUAUACAUGUUGGAGUAAUGUUUAUUUUCUUUGCCAAUUUAAUCCAAACAACCUGCUAACAUGAUAAAACAAUGACCUCUUGUCAGAUUAUGGUAGCAGAAAUACAAGCACUUACCAUACCAGCUCAGUUUGGGUGCUUGUGCCUAUUCUUCAAAUUAUUUUUUAAUGUGUGAUCAAUCAACUGAAGUUUUUUACUUAAAUAUGCUGUUGUAUUUCAAAGUUAUCGUGUUUACUUAUUUGGAGAUAAUUCACUAUUAAGUGCUUGGAUUUUCUACACUUUCAGCAUGGAGUUUUCACACUACUUUUCUAAAGGCCUCUAUUAUAAAGACAGCAAUGUCAAUCUUCUGCACAAGUUUCUUCAGUUUCUCUUUUAUUCUUUGUGAUAUCAGAGGAAUGGUAGAUUGAAACAUGGGAGGAUGUGCAAGGAUUUAUGUGUCAAUCAUAAGCAGACUGCAUUCUGCAUUCCUACUGCCACUUGGAGUUAGACGGAUGCUCAGCACUUCCUAACUCUUCACUCUCUUCUUUUUUCAAAACAGGGUUUUCGCAAGGUUAUGGUAGACGUUUUAGCCACUUCCAAACCUCUGGAGUGUGCCUUUAGUAACUUAGGCCUUUCUUCAGUACUGAGAUACUGACCAACCACAUGAUGGGCGAUCCUCUUAGUGGGCAGACACCUGAGGUGACCUUAUGUGUAGUUUACAAUAUUAACUAGACUGGUGCUGAAACCUCUGGAAUAUGCAUAGCUGGUGAGGAAGAAACUGCAGCCAAUGAGCUAAAUUCUUAGAUUUGUACUUACUGGUAAUAUGAAGAUAUAAUUACCACACCUUUUAGCAUAGUAAAAUGUAAGUAAUUCCUUAAUUAGCCAUAAUGUUUAUGCAUUACCACAAAAUCCAUUUGAUCAUCAAACCUCCCUACUGCUGAGAUUUUGUCUGUGACUCACCAUCAUGCAGAGUCAAGUGCCGCUCUGUCCCAUCCAGCAGUCGUUGUUGUAUCUCAUCUGUUCCUUUAGCUGAUUUCUCCACCAGAGGGAGCUCUUCCAUGAGUUUACAUAUCUCUGUGGAGUCCCUUUGACAGUAUGUGAAAAGCAGAUGAGUUAACACCUAUACAGUUCAUAAUGAAUGUCCUUUAAUGGGACAUGUUGGGCUUUCUGGCUCCCUUGUGAAAAUGUUCCCUACUGGUAGCUCCAACCGAAUUAAAAAAAGCCAGAAAAUAUCUCAUUCAAAGAAGAAGACUGACAGAUGGACAAAUUAAAAGCACAACACAACUAAGACAAUAAACCCUUGUAGAUUUUCAAGACCCUAAAUGUACUGGGACUGUUUGUCCUGUCCUGUCUGUGAUGGAACUUGCCAGUUUUACCAGUCACACUCGUUCACCUUUCUGCUGCCCCUAAGAUUAGUGCUGUACCUUUUCAAUUGACGGUAAUGGCUGUAUUACAGCCCCUGGCCUAUGCACCCCUGAGCUAUAGUAUGCUCUAAGGAACCAGGCAUUUUCCUGGACCGCCUUCAA